CAGGUUUCUAGCGUCACACCGUCCUCCAUCUGUCACCGCGAGUGGCUCUGAUUACACUUUUUACUGGAUAGACCGUCCAAUCUCUCGUCUAUUUUCUUGCCUCAUACUAUGCGUCUCAUCGACGUCAAUUCUUUCAUCAACUUUGACGCAAGGAAAGCUGGCCCGGAGACAAAGCUUCUCGUGGACAUAAGUGGCACCAGGCUUGAAGAGACAGAGUAUGCCAUAUUAUCCCAUUGCUGGGAAGAACCUGCGGAAGAGGUACAAUAUACGGAGAUGGCGGGACUCACGAGCAUGCCUGCUGCCGCCCUAGACGAAAUACGGGAGCGCCUCGGGUACAAGAAAAUAUUAGAGAGUUCCCGGCAGGCCCUUCAUGAUGACCUGGAAUGGCUUUGGGUGGACACCUGCUGCAUUGACAAGCAAAGUAGUGCUGAAUUGUCGGAGGCCCUCAAUUCUAUGUACGCGUGGCAUGCAAAUGCAGAUCGCUGCUAUGCACUUCUCCACGACAUAGAUGCUCCUUCACUUCCUGCUCAACCCGAUGACAAAAAAUUUUCCGAGUCCAAUGGUUGGCCCAAGUGGUUCUCGCGUGGGUGGACGCUCCAGGAACUGAUAGCUCCGGAAAACGUCCAUUUUUUCAACCGGAACUGGGUGUUCAUUGCCGACAAACAAAGUUGUGCAGCUGCUCUGAAUACCAUCACGCGAAUUUCGGUUGAUGUCUUGGAGAAAGGUUUGGGCGGGACCAGUCCCAGUGUAGCGCAAGUUAUGUCGUGGGCUGCGGACCGGAAGACGACCCGAGAGGAGGAUCGGGCAUAUUCAUUAAUGGGGUUGUUUGGCGUGCAUAUGCCAAUGUUGUAUGGGGAGGGAAAAAAUGCAUUUCUCCGUCUGCAGUUAGAAGUUAUUCGGCUGACCAAUGACCAAAGCAUAUUUGCCUGGGGCUGGACAAGGGAUACUGGGUGGGCCAGCAGUUUCCUGGCAGACGACCCUACCUGCUUUCGGGAUUGCUCGAAUAUAAUCCAGAUGGUUCACAGUGACUUCAUAGGUGCUCUUAAAAAAUGCUUACCAAAGAAGGAGCUACGCAAGUUGAUGUCUGCAGAAGGGCAUUUCCAGACAUUCACUGUCACUAACCAUGGCAUUCAAAUAUGGUUACCCAGGCAAGCCCUGAAACAUGAUUCCAGCUCCAGUGCUUCAGAGCUCUUCUCUGUGAUGCUGGCAUGCUGUGAAGUUGGGAAAGCCUCAGGCCCUAUAACCGUUACCAUGGAGCGGUUUGGUCCCAACUAUUCCAGAUUCUUUUACUGCUGCCCAGCAGUAAGCUGGAACCAGAAGUCACCGGCAGUCGAGUUUCAACAAAUCUUUCUGCCUUGCUGAGAUAAGAUUAACCUUAACAUCAGGGGCCCAUUGUCCAGACAGAGCAGACUGUCACAGAUAUCAGUCAAUGAUCUCAUGGCCAAUGAUGCAGUAAUUGUUGUCCUGGGUGCCUCAGGUUCAGGAAAGAGCAAUAUCAUCAACAAACUUAUUGGAAUACCACCACAAUCAAGUGUAGAUGCAGUUGCCUGCAAGGGAACUGUCAGUGCCUUUGCUUGCAUCCAAAAGGGAAAGCACUCUGUCUUUAUAGACACACCAGGGUUUGAACCCCUCAGGUAUAAAGACAUAUUAAUUCAGUUAGGUUUCAUGUGAGUCAGCUCAUCUAUAGCAACCUGAGGCU